AUGCUUUCUACAGAUGAACCUUCCAGUGAGAGGUCUAUCACAGAUACCCCAAAGAAGGCCAGGUCCGCAAUUCUUCGAGACCGAAUUUUAAUUGCGUGUGGACCAUUCGUGGGCUGCCAGUAUCUCAUCUUCCUGACCGCGUCCCACUUAUUCCCGCCCUUGAAGCCCACCCUUACCGCCAUUGAGACGGCAGAGCACUACCGCAACAACCUCGCUGGCACUCGCGCUGGUGUCUUCCUAUUAAUUAUUUCGAGUUUGAUAUGGCCCUUCUGGGGAUUGGGUAUCAACAAUCAACUUCGCCGCAUCCCUAAUGUCAACCCACACAUUCUCAGCAUUCAGAUCGCUUCGGGUUGUGCUUCUGGUACCUUGACCAUCGUGUUGGCAGUCAUGUUUGGAGCGACCAUCUACCGGCUGGAUAGAAAUCCAGAAAUUACGCAGGCCUUGAGCGAUCUCAGCCUUCUCCUCUACAAUAUGAUCAAUGCUGCGUAUGUUCCGCAACAGGUGGCUAUAGUGCUAGCUUGUCUCUCGGAUCCUCGACCCAAACCCCUGAUCCCGAAGUGGACGUCGUGGCUUAGUCUUGCUUGCAUGUGUGUCUGGAUUACAGCCUACGCAGGCCAUAUUGCACAUUCUGGACCAUUUGCUUGGGAUGGUGCAGUCGCGUUCUGGACCGUUAUAGCGGUUUACUUUAUUCAGUGUUCCUUGUUGCUGUUCCAUCUUAUGAAGGUUGCCGGAGAAAUAGACGAAGAGGUCUCAGGAGAAAAGCAAGCUUGA